CACGCAGAGGGCGGAAGCAGCGGAGCAGCUGAACUUCUGACAUUCUGAAGUUUUUAAAGUUUUUAUCUUGUUUGUUCCGGUUCUGUUAUGUGACGGACUAAUCCGGGUCCCGGUGUGAAUGGUGUCCCCUCCGUUAGCUGUUAGCCUGUUAGCUUCAGAGUCAGCCACCGUUUAGUUUCCAUUAGAAACAUGUCGACAGGAGACCUGAAGGGACAGUUUCUCUACAACCUGCCGUCCUCCGUCCUCUGGGAGUUCUGUCGGGUCAUGGACGGACUGUCCGACCUGGACUGGACCCGCUUCGCCUCGGAGGUCCUCAGUGAUCAGACCGCCGUGCGAUUGGCUGAGAGGAGGGAGAGGCGGACUGACUGGGUGAUGAACCAAUGGGAGAACAGGAACGGUCGUGUCGGGGAGCUGAUCGACCUGUUGGAGCGUCUGCAGCUGCUCCGCCCCCGUGAUGUCAUCCUUGGCUGGGUGUCCAGGCUGAAGCCUUCCUCGUCUCCUCUUCCUCCUGCCCCUCCUCUGCCGCCGCCUCCGUCUCCUCCUCCUUCUGCUGUCUUUGACCCCCCUGCCAAACAGCCCGAGUCCCCGCCCACACUGAGCACCUGCAGACUCAGCACAACAGUAGACAAAGGAGGAGGAGGAGGAGGAGGAGGAAGAAGAGCCCUCCCUGGACCAGCCCCGCCCCCUCCCAAUCUGCAGUCUGACCUUCAGCGACCCCCCCAGGCGCCCCCGGCGUUGGCGAGCACCAGCGGCAGCAUCAGCGGGAGCGGCGUGAUGUGCUGGUCGUAUGAAGAGGUGCAUGCUGGGACGGCGGGGUUCUCCCCCUCCCUCCAGGUGGGGGAGGGGGGGUUCGGAGUGGUGUACAGAGCGACUCUGAGGAACACCAACUGUGCCAUCAAGAGACUCAAACAGGACUGUCUGCUGGACUGGGCUCUGCUGAAGGAGAGUUUCCACACUGAAGUGGACAAACUGUCAAAGUUCAGACAUCCGAACAUCGUGGAUCUGUUGGGUUUCAGUGUAGGAGGAGGAUCAGUGUGUCUGAUCUACAGCUACAUGGAGCUGAGGUCACUGGAGGACCAACUGCAACAGGAGCGGGCGUGUCUCUCCUGGUCUCAGAGACUCGGUGUUGUCAAAGGAGCGUCAGCUGCUCUGCAGUACCUCCACUCGCCGCCUGAUGGACACUCGGUGCUGAUCCACGGAGACGUGAAGAGUUCAAACAUCCUGUUGGACCGCCACCUGGUGGCCAAGCUGGCGGACUUCGGUCUGGCUCGGUUUGCGUGUCGCAGCCCGGCGGGACGCACGGCGGCUCAGACAGUAUCUGUCGGUAAGACGGCAACGGUCAGAGGAACGCUGGCGUACCUGCCGGAUGAAUACGUGAGGGACGGAGAGCUGGGGCCCGCUGUGGACACAUACAGCUUUGGAGUGGUGCUGUUGGAGAUUCUGACAGGUCGGCGAGCUCUGGAGAAAAACACGAAGUCAGGAGAGCGAUACCUGAGGGACCUGGUGGAGGAGGUGGAGGACAGUCCAGAGGGUUCGUGUGCAGCAUCCUGGAGGAAACAGCUGGACCAGCGGCUGAUCGCAGGUGGUGCUGCAGAGCCGGCUGGCUGUAUGGAGGUGGUGGCUUUAGCGUGCAAGUGUCUGGACAAGAAAAGGAAAAGGAGACCGGCCAUGACCAAGGUGUUUGAAAAACUUCAGGACAUCCACGUCAUUGUGAGGAAGACCAGCUCCUCCUCCUCUUCCUCCUCCUCCUCCUCCUCCUCCUCCUCCUCCUCCUNCCCUCCCCCGGACUCUACUGUGGGAACUCUCUCCAACCAGCUGUCCAAACUGGGACCACUGGAGGAUACGUACCAGCCCUCCCAGUCCUCUCAGCUCUCCUCCUCCUCCUCUUCUUUCUGCUCCCUCACCCCUCCUCACCCACUGCACUCCUCUGCCUCCCUCUCUUCCUCCUCCUCCUCGUUUGCUGGUCCAUGUGAAACGGAUGAGAGUCGAGGCCUCUCCCAGUACGACGUUAGCUCCCAGCACAGAUCUAAUGGGACCAGUUCCAGGUCUCUGUCUUCAUCCACCAGAGACCAGUAUCACAGGCCAACUGGGCCCACAGAGUCGCAGCUGAGCCAGCCUUCUGUCCCCACUGAGGACCAGUACAACUUCCCUCCCCAGCCCAGCAGCCCCAGUGACGGGUCAGGGCCCGGGCAAACCACAGCAGAGCUCCAUGGUGUCCCACAAUGCCUCUCUUCUGCGGGGUCCCUGCAGUCGGUGUCUCCGGGGCCCUCAGUCCACAUCAAUCCCAGUAAGCAGCGUUUCCUGCAGAAGAAAACUUUGUACGAGGAGGGAAGGAUUCAAACCCCCGAGCUGCUGUCGUCUGAUGACCUUUAUGGUGGGCGGAGUUCUGUCAGAGGACCAGAGGAGAGUGACGAGCUGGAAUAUCUUCAGCACCACUGACACAGACUGAUUCAGAGUCAGAUUCACUUGCUGUCAUCAUCAUGUUUGUAUCACGAACUGCUGAAUCUGUUCUGGACGUCCCACAGACUGAAGCUGUUGUCGACACAUCUCCCUUCAUUUACUCCAUUUAUACAAAUCAGUAAUCUCACCAAUCAUACGCAGCAGAGGUUCACAUGAAGGUACGACAUCAUCAUCACACCUGCAGUGACGUCAUGGUAUCUGUGACGACAUGUGGUGGACUAAAGACACGUCAGCUGGGACUUUUUGGUCACGUUUGUUUACAAAAACAUUUAUUUGUACGUCUUUGUCAUAAAAUACGUGAGUACAAAAUCUACAGUAUUUCUGUGAUGUAUUUUAAUUGUAUUGUAGUUUUGCAUUUUUAUAUUUAUUCUUUUUUUUUUGUGACCAAACACCUAAGACAAAUUUACCUGCUUCAAUAGAGUACAAUAAAAAUCACAACU